CUAUAUCUCUGUCUCACACAUCUGUCACCGUCCCCACGCCGUUGCUAAUGCUUGCUGCGCUCCCUUCACUCUUUUCUGAGCCUUUAAAACCGAAAUCUGCAUCAAAUUCGACAAAUUUCAAUUCCUCAAUUCACACCACCAAAAACCCCCAAUUCCGCCAUCGACGAUGGAUCACAAGCAUCCGAUCCUGCAUGAGCUACUGCAGCAGCAUCAGGAGCCGUUCCGCCUCAAAACCUACCUCUCCGACCACAAUCGCUCCUCCUGCUCUCGCGCUCACCUCCGCAAUUCCUCUCCGCCGGAAUCCCGCGCAUUUCUCCCCAUACCGGAGACGACCGCCGCCGCGCUGGCGGAGGCCGCGGCGAGGAUACAGAAACAGAGGAAAUCGAGCGGCGGAGUGAGUCUGUUUGGGUCGAUUUUGAGGAUACUGAAGCAUCGGAGGAGAGGCGAGGGGAAUUGUGAAUUGAAAGGGAGGGAAAUUCGAAUUCCGUGCUCGUGUGGCCGAUUGCGGAGAGAUGAUGGUCGCUCCGCCUCCAGCGCGAUGAGUCAUUUCGGAUUUUCUCCUGUCUCCGGCCGCCGCACGCCGGAUUUUGACGCUUCUCCGAUUCGCCGCGUAAAACAGGAGGGCGUUGUGGGAGAGGAGGAGGAGCAAUGUAGUCCAGUGUGUGUGUUAGACUCUCCCUACGGAGACGAGGAGCAUCCCAAUCUAGCUGGAGAUGAUGAAGACGAGUACGAUGAUCUCGAGCCCGCCUAUGCGAAUAUCGAACGAGCUAGAAAACAACUUCUAGAGAGACUUGAAAGAUUCGAAAAACUUGCUGCACUAGACCAAGUGGACCUCGAGCAGAAGUUACUAGAGGCUUCUGAGGAAGAACACGACAUAGAAUUCGAGCAGUUGUUAGUGCGCAGAAAACAGCGUCCAUCAUCCAGUCUGAAAGAGAGUCGCAUGAAGAGGGCAAUAGGCGGCGACAAAAGCAAGGUAUUUAUGGGCCAUUGGUGGCGAGACGCCUUAGAUACGAUGAUGGAGGUCGAGUUCAAGACAAAGGCGGAGGUGGAGGAGACGGCGGCUGAACUGGAACUAGCAAUCUUUGAGGAAUUGAUUGAACAAUGCUUAUGUAUGGAUCCACCACAUAGUUUAGAAUCUUAGAAUCCUUCUUGUAAUUAUUAGUAUGAUUUUUGUGGAUCAAUGGAUUAAUUGGGAUUUGGUGGUGAUAUUAAAUUCAUCUUCCAUGA